UCGCGAUGGUCUACAAUCAGCUGCGAACUUUAAGGACGCCCCUGGUAUUUUUGGUGGGCUUCCUGUUCCUCUUUCUCCUCUUCCGGUUAACGGGACCGCUCCAGAACCCCCGUUAUUUCGAUGAUAAGUCACCCCUUCCCCCGCCCCUGCAUCACAAAGCCGCAGCCUUGCAUGGAAGCCCCCCAAAGCUGGAUGCGGAAAAGGAGCUGGAAAAUCUACCUUCAAGGCCGGAGGACGAUGAGCAGGAUGUGGAGGCCCUGUUGCGGGGCAACGAGGACGAGGGCUGGGCCCAGAGUGCCCAAUGCGCGCCAUAUCCCCGCUUCGAGGACCUGCGGUUCCAGAACCCCUACUUCCAGCACACUCGCCAUGGCAACCUGAGUUACUACCUAUAUGGGGCCUACUAUGACCGCAGACCCCAGAUCCCCGAGGUGAUGAUCCUGGGCAUGGUGACCACCUGCACCGGUCCCUAUCCGCCCACCCACUUGCAGAUGUGGUUCGAUGGGGACACCAAGCCGGAAUUGGCUCCUCUGCAUGAGACGAAGUUGGCCUGGUAUGAGGAUUGGGGCAAAUUCGAGGGUGCCGGAUAUCCUACGAUGCUCAGAUUUCGUGUGGGAUCCUCGAGGAUUCCUCAGCUGGUUAGCCUCGUCUUUGGCAACAGCUGUGCCGUGCCGCAAAAUGCUCUGAAAGUGUUUCAACCGCCGGCAGAAGAGCCACCAGAUCCAAAUCGCCCUCUGCGAACUGGUGUUUGUGUCAAGUAUUUGCGCUUUGCCGACAUCGAUAUGUCCGAUCGAUUGGUGGAAUGGCUGGAACUGAUGAGAAUACUGGGUGCUGGGAAGAUUACCGCCUAUGAUAUAGGGGAACUGCACCCAAAUAUCUCGAGAACAUUGGCCUACUACACCAGAUCAUCGGAUGGCUUUCUGGACCUGAGGAAAUUCCAACUACCCAAUGAGAUCAAGGAGCAUCCGAGAUUGAGAAGGAAUCUAAUCGAAGUGCUGCUCUACAAUGACUGUUUGUACCGAAGUCUAUACGAUUUCGACUUUGUGGCCGUGGUGGAUGUGGACGAGGUGAUCAUGCCGCUGGGUGAGACUCGAAAUUGGCCGGAUUUGUUGGUGGACUUGCAGACCAGGGACGUGAAUUGCACUGCCCGCAGUGGCUAUUGCUUUCAGAACGUGUAUUUCCCCAAGGAGCUGCCCGUGGAUGCGAGGAUACCGGAGCAUUUCCAUAUGCUAAGGCAUUUGGUGCGAGUUGCCGAUCACUUGGAUCCCGCUUCGGCCGUCAAAUGCCUUCACAACACAGCUUAUGUACGCGUUCUGCACAAUCAUUUUGCCCUCGAAUGGAGGGAUGCCUGUGGUCCAUUUGGUGUCAGCACCGAUCUUGGCCAGCUGCAGCACUAUCGCCACGUGGACGAUGCCAAAACGCUGAAAGAACCACCGCCCAAACGGGAUGACAAUAUCAAACGAUUCCAGCAGCAACUCAUCCACAACUCAAUGGCUGUCCAUCGACAGCUGGGCUGGGCUGCAGGAGCAUAUUGAUUAUAUUUUAAUUGCUUUUUCGGUACAUUUAAGAGGCUUAAAUUGGAGGCCACGUGUCAGCCAGCCACGGGCUACGUGCCACCUUUUGACCCCGGGACAUCACCACGUCAGCUGGAUAAUAAUUGCUUAUUGACUGAAGUGCGGCAUGUGUGUGCGCCGCAAAAGUUUGCGUUUUUCCAUUUAGCUUAGCCGCAUCAAGGACAGUACUGACUAACUGCUCAGGGUCGACGCCCAUAUCGGUCAAAUAUACAUACUACAAUCCAAUACCCAAUUGAUAAGCUAUAGAUAUCCUGUUCUUUAAGCUCGCUUUUUAACUUUUCAUAUUGACUUCGCCAAAAAAAAAAGAAAUUCUCAUUGAA